UUCCACCGACGCACAUAGAGGUGGUGUCACGGAUGUCCCCGGUCGAGGUGGGACAAAUCAACGAUGUCGUGUCGGGUCCGGGGAGGUGGUCCUCUAAUGUCACCAUAGAGCCCGAGGAGAAGCCCUUGGUUGCGGGUCGUCGCGCCAACCUGGAUUGCACUGUCAUAGGAAGUAACCCGCCGCCCCAAGUCACGUGGUACCAACAGGGGCAGGAGGUGGAGCCCUUACGUACUGAGGUGCAGGUGGGAGACAACAUCACGGUUUCAGUGUUGUUGUUGGACGUGACGCGAGAACAUCACGGGCGGCAGCUAGUGUGUCGGGCCCAGCACCCUACCUUGUCUGACGCCACCCUUGAGGAUAUUUACACCCUUGACGUCUCAUUCAAGCCAAAUGUCAGCCUGCGCCUGGGAAGAGCUCUCAACCCCGCGGAUCUGCAAGAGGGUAACGACAUAUUCUUCGAUUGUUCUGUAGACGCCAACCCUCCGCCUUAUAAGAUCCGCUGGCUGCAUCAGCUGUAA